AUGGCCCACAAAGGAGAGCUUCCCUCUUACCAGAGACUUAUUACUGGACACAACAAAGAUGGCAAAGCUGUUUUCGCAAAGAUCGAUGAGACUGGUCCCUGGGAUGGCAGCAUCAACGGUGGCACUGUCGGCUUCUCUCUCGGCUACACAACCUCGACCACGCCGGUAGACAUGACCGACGACAAGGAUAUUGCACAGUACAAGGAGUACUUGGUUUCACCACCCGGUCUCGUCAACAAGCAAGGAUCGGUCCUCCGUUUUGUGGUACGUGUCUACGGACCAGCCUCUCAACUACAACAUGCUAACCAGCUCAGNGAUUGUCCUCCUGGCUCUACGUCCCCUAUGCACCGCACUGUCUCACUUGAUUAUGGUGUUGUGAUCUACGGAGAGAUGGAGUUGGUCCUCGACAGUGGCGAGACCAGAGUCAUGAAGGUCGGAGAUGUUGCAGUGCAAAGAGGAACCAACCACGCAUGGAGAAACACAAGCGAUACAAAGUGGGCUCGUAUGAUGUAUGUCCUCCAGCCUUCGCUUCCUAUCACUAUCAACGGAAAGCCAUUGGACGAGGAUCUUGGCCCUAUGGAAGGUGUUCGCAGCUCAUCUUAG